GCAGAGGACCAGCCCAUCUCAGAACCACGUGGACAGAAAUCUUGAUAAGCCUUCUUUCUUCCCUCCUCUCCUCACUGUGACAAUGUGGCUCUGCAGCUUGUGUCAGUGGUUCAGCCUCACAUGGAUGCUGGUUUUGAUUUUUACAAUCCUAAUCAUCGUAAAUUUGUUCAACAAAAAGGAUCCGCCUCACUUUCCACCAGGACCGCCUGCACUUCCUUUCUUUGGGAACAUCUUCAGCAUUGAAUCCAAGCAGCCUCAUAUUUACCUCACUAAGCUUGCUGAUGUUUAUGGGAAUGUGUUCUGCAUACGUCUGGGAAGACACAAAACAGUGUUCUUGUCCGGGUGGAAGACGGUGAAAGAGGCUUUGGUAACACAGGCAGAAAACUUUGCAGACCGGCCUCACAGUCCAAUGGCAACCAGGAUUUACUCAGGAGACUCAGGUGGCCUUUUCUUUAGCAAUGGGAAGGUGUGGAGGAGGCAGCGGCGCUUUGCCAUGGCCAUGUUGCGUACCUUUGGUAUCGUCAAGGGCUCCAUGGAGACGAACAUCUGUCAGGAGAGUCGACACCUGCAGGAGGCGAUGGAGCAGGAGGAAGGUAAAUCCUUUGACCCGGUGCCACUUCUGAACAACGCUGUGUCCAACAUCAUCUGCCAGAUUGUGUUUGGGAGAAGGUUUGACUACAGUGACCAGGACCUCCAGAGCAUGCUGAGGAAUAUGACAGACAUAGCCCACCUGGAAGGCUCAAUAUGGGCCCUGCUUUAUGAUGCUUUCCCAGCAAUAAUGAGACACUUGCCAGGGCCUCACAAUGGCAUCUUCAGCAGCUGCAGAUCUCUGAAGGCAUCCAUCAGGAAAGAGAUAGAAAGACACAAGCUGGAUCUGGAUCUAAGCAACCCACAAGAUUACAUCGACAACUUCCUUAUAGAAGAAAGACACAACAGAAAGCAGGAUGUGGGAUUUGUGGAAGAAAACCUGGUUCUGUGUUGUCUUGAUCUGUUCUUGGCUGGCAGUGAGACUACUUCAAAGACUCUGCAGUGGGGACUCCUGUACCUUAUGAAACAUCCACACAUCCAGGACAAAGUCCAGGAAGAGAUAGACAAAGUGGUCGGACAGAGCCGCCAGCCCACCAUGGCAGACAGAUCCAACAUGCCCUACACUGACGCCGUCAUCCACGAGAUCCAGAGGAUGGGAAACAUUGUUCCCCUCAACGCACUCAGGAUGGCUGCCAGGGACACAGUGCUGGGCGGUUACUUCAUACCAAAGGGGACGGCUGUGAUGCCUAACCUGACCUCUGUUCUUUUUGACAAGAACGAAUGGGAGACCCCUGACAGCUUCAACCCCAAACACUUCCUGGAUGAAGACGGCAGGUUCAUAAGGAAGGAGGCAUUUUUACCUUUCUCCGCCGGAAAGCGAGCGUGUCUAGGUGAAGGUCUGGCAAGGAUGGAGCUCUUCCUGUUUUUCGUCAUCUUAUUCCAGAAGUUUCACUUUUCCACUCCGGACGGCGUUGAGCUGAGUGCAGAAGGGAUAACUGGAGCCACACGCGCACCACAUCCAUUCAAGAUCUUUGCAAAACCCCGCUUUGACUUGAAGGCUACAUGUGAAAAAGCAUAAGCUGCAGGAUGGACAACAGGCACUUUGAGAAAAUGGAUCUGUUGUUACUUUGGCAAAUUGCAGAAACAUCAGUGUUUUUAACCAGGCGAUGUUGAUGGAUCAGAUACAACAUGCUCCUUCUUCAGACGAAUCUAUAUAUAAAAAUGUAUCCGAUUACCAACAUUUAUCCCAGUCAACAAUCAUUAAUCUUCUCAAACUCAAGGUUUUUGUUUUCAGAGCCUGUUGACAAAUUGUUUAUGAUUAGAUUCAUUUCUGCUUUUUUUUUUUUGUUGUCGUUAGUCUACUGAUGCUGGAUGAUGUGAUAAUAUAAUCGCUUUCUUAUAUCAGUCACGGCUUCCUUAAUAUAAUCUAGUGAGGAUUGAGAUUUGACAAAACAUAAAUAAAAAAUGAACUGCAAUAUUUGAAAAAGAAUUUAUUCAGCAAAAAAGCUAUUAAAUUUUCUAAAAUUCAUUAUACAUUUCUUUAAUAAGUUACUUACAAACAUUUAGCAUUAUGCAGGUUGCUGUGUACCUUCUACCUGAUUGUACAGUCUAUUUUAUUAAAUGACUAUGCCUUUAAGUCAGCAAUUUACAAUAACAAUUGGCUGCAAAGAAAGAGAUUCAAGUGACAUACAUGUAUAAACCACAUGUGGCCGUAAAACAGAACAUCUCAUGUGCUGCUGACAAACAGAGAAAAGGCAAAGAGGCUGCUAAACCUGAACAGCUUACAAUGUCAUGAAAAGGAAUUCACACACCUUCUAAAAAACACAAAUUUCAAUUAAUUCUUUUUUGGGGGGAUGUUUUGUGACAAACACAAUAUGAAGUGUAAGGAAUAACACACAUUUUGACUGACUAAAUAUCUGAAAAGUGGGACAAGCAUUUUGUAUUGACUGCAUUCAUAAUUGAGAUCACAGUUUAAGAUGUUUUGACAGAGAAUUGACUGAGGAGUGAAUACAUAUGCACUCCCCACUUUUCAGAUAUUUGUAAAGAACUUUAUAAUAGUCCAUCUUCAAAAGGUCACCAUAAAACUAGCCUGUGUCUGCCGUCGCUACGUGUCAAAACGUGAAAAAACUAAAUAUUCUUGCAGGGUGGUGGAUAUUUAACUACGUGGUGUCAGACUGAUCACUUUCAGUGCAAAGACAAUAAGUGCUUUUCAAAAUGUUCUUUUAAUCAGCAUCCUAAAAGAAAACAUUGACAUGUGCUAAAACUUUUAGUGUUACAAUUUGCAGGAGCUGUGAAAGUGUUCGACCUGGAUGUGGUGGUUGCACGAACAGCUGGUGUUGAAUCAUUCAUUUCUGUAUCAGUAACAUAUUAAUUGACUUAAAGAAUCAACACACACAGUAAACAAAAAGGCCCAUCAGUUCCCAUCGAGAGCAUAUAGAAAAGAUAAUGGACUAUUCCCAGAUUUCUUAUUGCAGCACCUCAAGUGUUAGAGUUAAUUUUUUUCAAAAAGCAUUUGAAAUCAUAAACUUUUCAAUUAUAGGA